UGGUACAUAUAAAUCGGUGAGAAUAGAUGUAACUCAGCAAUGUGGCACUAUAUUACUCCCUCCGUCCCAUAAUGUAAGAUGUUUUUUGAUACUAGUGUAAUGUCAAAAAAACGUCUUAUAUUAUGGGACGGAGGAAGUAGUAUUGAAUAUUUUGAAUUGGUAAACGACAUCGGGAGGAAAGACCUGCAUGUGCUCAUGAGGCAGCGGGGGUCAAGGCCCAAUACAGGCAGAACACAACGCCGGAGGCAGAUGCCCAAGGACGAAGGAAUCGUUAUUAUACGUUACUAAUAAUAAACCUAUAGAGAGACCUAAUUAGUACCACCUCGUCUAUAUGUUUUAAAUUCAAACUAAAAACAUAAAUUCAUAAAAAAAAGCGUAUUCCAUACUUUAUUAUUAGGAAAAGACUAGAAACAUGAACCUGACGCUUAUUACUAAGUGAAUCUGGGAAAAUUCAUGAAAAUUUUCCUGGCUUAUUGCACCUGAACCGGUAGGCCUCGUUAGCGACAGAUACAGUAUAUAUUAAUAAAUAAACAAUAUAGCCACAACCCAACCCAAAUUGCCCACCUUAACCCGGAAGGUUUCGUUGCCUCCGACUCCGACCGACCCGGCUAGGCUCCCACUCCCAGCCGCCACACCACCUACCAUCGCCGCCCAGCCCCUCUCCUCUCCGCCGCGCCGCCCAACGCUCCUCGCCUCUGCACGCCACAUUUCUCGCAGGCCACCAAACCACCCCGCUAGCAGCUGCUGCUUCCAUCACUGCUCCGGCGAGGCCGCCGGCGGAGUGCAGAUGGCGGCGGCUCUCGGCGCGGCGGCCACGCUCCUUGGCAAGGUGUUCACGAUGCUGUCCGCCGCCCCGGUGGCGGCGUACGUGGACAGCCUUCAGCUCGGCCUCAACUCGGAGCAGAUCAGGGACAGGCUGCUGCACACGCAAGGCCUGCUGCACAACGCCCAGGCCCAUGGGAGCCACGUCGGCGACAACCCUGCUCUGGAGCGCUUGCUGGAGAAGCUGAGCCGGGACGCCGACCAGGCGGAGGACCUGCUGGAUGAGCUCCACUACUUCCAGAUCCAUGACAGGCUCCACGACACCACCUACGCCGCCACCCAAGCCAAUUUUCUCCGUCAUGCUCGCAAUGCUCUCCGGCACACUGCCACCAGCAGCUGGGCCGCAUGCUUUUCUUGUUCCUCUGCACAAGAUGAUGAUGAUGAUGGGUUAAGUUUCCACCCAGUGAUCUUCUCCAGGAAAAUCAAGUCGGUGUUACAGGACAUGCAGACGCACUGUGAUUCCGUCUCGGGUUUGCUUGGCAAUAUCCCAAGCAACAGCAUGGCAGUCGCCCUACGCCGGCCGCAGAUUGGAUCCACAAUUAUACAAGACACUUUGUAUGGCAGGACAGACACUUUUGAGGAAACUGUCAACCGUAUCAUCAGCUGCAAACACCCUGUUUCUGUUCUUCCUAUAGUUGGUCCAGGGGGUAUUGGAAAGACUACCUUCGUCCAACAUCUCUAUAAUGAUGCAAGGCUGUAUAGUGAUACCAGGGGGGCUGAAAAUCACUUCCAAGUCAGGGUCUGGGUAUGUGUCUCGACUGAUUUCGAUGUGCUGAAGCUCACCAGGGAGAUCCUUGCUGGCAUACCUGCAGCUGAAGAAGGAGGAAGCAGAGGUGUUGCAAAUGAAGCAACCAGUAUAGACCAGCUUCAGAAAUCCAUAAGGCAACAUCUCAAGUCCAAGAGAUUUCUAAUUGUGUUGGAUGAUAUAUGGAAAUGUGACAGUCAGGACCAGUGGAAAACUUUCGUAGCUCCGUUCGCAAUGGGGGAAGCCAAAGGAAGCAUGCUACUUGUCACAACUCGAUUCCCAAAGGUAGCAGACAUGGUGAAAACAGUUGAUCCACUAGAGCUGCGAGGUUUGGAGUCUAAUCACUUCUUCACAUUCUUUGAAGCAUGUAUGUUUGGUGAAGACAACAAGCCUGAGCAUUAUGAAUAUGAGUUAGCUGGUAUUGCACGAAAAAUUGCAAACAAGCUAAAGGGUUCUCCGCUCGCAGCCAAAACAGUUGGUAGGCUAUUGCAGAAGGGCCUUUCUCAGAAACAUUGGAAUGGAGUUCUUGAAAAGCAUCAGUGGCUAAAGCAGCAAAAUAGUGAUGAUAUCAUGCAAUCUUUAAAGAUUAGCUACGAUUACCUCCCUUUUGAUCUGAAGAAAUGCUUUUCCUAUUGUGGCCUUUUCCCUGAAGAUUAUUGGUUUACUCCUUCGGAAAUCAAUCAUUUCUGGGUUGCAAUAGGCAUCAUAGACUCUAAUCACCAAGCCGAUAGGAAUUACUUGGAAGAAUUAGUGGACAAUGGUUUUAUCAUGAAGAAGAAAGAGUAUUAUUUUGAUGAUCUAUCUAAGAUUGUAAUGCAUGAUUGCUAUGUAAUGCAUGAUUUAAUGCAUGAGCUAUCUCAAAGUGUUUCUGCACAAGAAUGCCUCAAUAUAAGUGGCUUUGAUUUCAGAGCUGAUGCCAUCCCACAGUCUGUUCGACACUUAUCUAUCAACAUAGAAGACAGAUAUGAUGCAAAUUUUGAGGAAGAAAUGUGUAAACUAAGGGAGAAGAAAGACAUUAUUGCAAAUCUGCGGACUUUGAUGAUUUUUAGAGGAUAUGAAGAAAGAAUCGCCAAGAUUUUGAAAGAUUGCUUCAAGGAAAUAAAUAGUCUGCGUGUCCUAUUUAUAGUGGUGAUGUCUGCACAAUCUUUUCCAUAUAGGUUUUCAAAACUUAUCCACCUCCAAUACCUCAAAAUUAGUUCAUCUUACAACCGUGAAAUGAGGGAAAUGAGUUUACCUAGUACACUAUCAAGAUUUUAUCACUUGAAAUUCUUGGACCUAGGUCGUUGGCGUGGUCGUUCUGAUUUGCCUGAAGACUUUAGCCACCUUGAGAAUUUACAUGAUAUCCGUGCUGAAAGUGAACUCCACUCCAAUAUUCGCAAUGUUGGAAAGAUGAAACAUCUGCAGGAGCUAAAAGAAUUCCAUGUCAGGAAAGGGAGCAUGGGAUUUGAACUGUCAGAACUUGGGGCAUUGACAGAGCUUGAAGGACGACUGAUUAUACGUGGUCUUGAACACGUGGCAACCAAGGAGGAAGCUACUGCAGCCAAACUGAUGUUGAAAAGGAAUCUGAAGGAGUUGGAAUUACUCUGGGGCAGAGAUGGACCAAUUGCAGAUGCUGGUAUUCUUGAUGCUCUUCAACCACACUCUAAUAUUAGAGUACUUACAAUUGCAAAUCAAGGUGGUACGGUUGGUCCUAGUUGGUUGUGUCUUCACAUCUGGUUAACAAGUUUAGAGAGACUCACUCUGGAAGGCGUAUCUUGGAGCACCCUCUAUUUGAAGAAAAAUUCUGGAAUUCAUCAGUUUGGGCCUCGAUGUGGUGGCGCUCCAGGCAAAUGUUUUAUGCGCUUGAAGACAGUUGAGUUUUAUGAGAUGCCUGAACUUGCUGAAUGGGUUGCGGAACCUAAUUGUUGUUCCUUUCCAAGUCUUGAAGAAAUCAUAUGCAUCGAUUGUCCCAAUCUCCGUGUGAUGCCCUUGUCGGAGGUAUGCUGCACCAAUUUGCGCAGACUUUUUGUUUCUGGGUGCCCCAAGAUGUCUCUGCCCUCCAUGCCUCACACCUCCACACUGACAGAUUUGGUUGUUAAAAGAGGUGAUUUAGAAACGUUGUCUUAUGAUGGAGAGAAUUUGCUUGUUAGUGGGUAUGGCGGUGCUUUGGCCUCCCACAAUCUGGAUAAAGUAGAAGAUAUGACUGUCGGAAGAUGCGACGAUUUGUUCGCUGAAGGGCUGGAUGGCAGUAUUGUCUUCCGUUCAGUUAAGAGUCUAAAAUUAGAUGCAUCUCAUCUUACUAUCAGCAAAUCUUCAUCGUCAAAAGUGUUAAACUGUUUCCCAGCUCUUUCUGUGUUGGAGAUAGUUGGAGGCAAUGAGGAAUGUGGAAUGCAGUUCCCAUCAUCCAGCUCACUGCAGAAACUUACCUUCUCAGCCUGUAAGGGCCUGGUUCUUGUGCCUGUGGAGAAGGAGAAUGGAGGAGGAAUUCAGGAGCACAAGUCAUUGCUCCAAUCGUUAAUAAUAUUCUGCUGUGGCAAAUUGUUCUGUCGGUGGCCCAUGGGAGAAUCAGAGGCCAUUUGCCCUUUCCCUGCUUCCCUGAGGGAACUUGUUGUUUACGAAGAGCCAAGCAUGAAGUCAAUGGCUGUGCUCUCAAACCUCACAUCUCUCACCACUCUAAGGCUACUGGACUGCAGUAAUUUAACAGUGGACGGAUUCAAUCCUCUCAUCGUAGUCAACCUCAUAAAACUGCGAGUGCGUAGGUGCAACACCUUAGCAGCAGAUCUGCUCUCAGAGGUUGCAAGGGCCAAAUUAUUGGCUGCAGGUUCCUUCCGAUUGGACAAACUCAGGGUGGAUGACAUCUCUGGAUUGCUUGUUGCUCCUAUUUGCAACCUCCUCGCCCUGGCCCUCCACACACUUGAAUUCCAGUAUGACUGGAGGAUGGAAAACUUCACGGAAGAGCAAGAGAAAGCGCUGCAGCUCCUCACCUCCCUCCAGAAACUAUUUUUUUCCGGGUGCGAUGGUCUGCAGUCCCUUCCUCAAGGGUUACAUCGCCUUUCUUCUCUCAAGGAGUUACAUGUCCUUAACUGUCCAGAAAUCCGAUCGAUGCCCAAGGAGGGCCUCCCGGUUUCACUGAGAAAACUAGAGAUAGAUUGUCGCAGCACUGAGAUAAACGAGCAAAUUGAGAAAAUCAAAAGAACCAACCCAGAUUUAUCCGUCAAAGACUACUAGCAGGUUCCACUCCACUCCACCACUGUUGCAAUCAAUCUUUUGUGCACACAAGUUGGCAAACCUGCACAAUAAUCAGCAGGUGCGAGAUACAACUGACUCUUCAUUCUGCAUGCAACGCUAGCUGUUAACUAUAUGAUCGAUACAACACAUUGUGCUACAUGAUGGAUAUUUCUCUGCAAGUCAAAUCUGCCGGCUUCUGUUACCUAUGUAUGUGAAAUAAAAAAGGGCGUGCGAGACAUGACUCACUCACUCACUUGGUACCAAUCAAGAAGAAGACUUGAGUCAUAGCUGCAAGAAGUGAGGCUGGAAUCAUGGAAUUGAAUUAUCAAGCUUGUGCUCCUUUUUCGCAUGAAGCAGAGGAUGCUGCUGCUGCUUUGUAAAAAAGCACCUGAUAUAUCAUUUAUGUAGCCGAGAGUGCAUUUAUUUUACAUAAUGAGUCUCUCUGCUCUGAAGCUACUCAGAAUUGUUGGAUGUCCAAGUCUGAUUGAGAAGGUGCCAAGGGGAGGAUGCCCACAAGAUUUGUCACAUCCCCAAUGUCAAAUUCAGCUGAGCUGGUGCACAGAAUUUUUGGUUUCUUGCUCAGAUCAGGAGUAGAACAGGGUGGAAGUUAUGGAUAUGAUGGCUGCGGCAGAGUAAUUCCAUCUCAACCCUCUGCCCUUUGGUUGGAGGACAACGAGGUGGAGGUGUGCAGCAACGACCCUGGCCUCCUCAGCUCCUUCUCUUUCUUUCUGUAGAGUUUUUCAAGGACAGAAACAUAUAUAUAGUUUUUUUUAUAUUAUAUAUUAUAGGAUGCAGUCUUAGUCGUAGGCUUGUAGGUAAUCUUGUCAACAUUUGUUUUUUUAGAGCAAAAGGGCCACAGCCCGUUCCAUUACCGAAGAAUGAAACAACAGAUUUUACAUCGUUAUUACAGCUCCAGUUUUUGUUCUGAAACUUUACCAAGCAAAGCCAGAAGAGGAAAAACUGCAUGCAAAUGCAGCAAUAGACAGAAAAAAAAGAGAGUAGAUGCUUAGCUGUUUUACGAAAUUGUUGGGUAUAGUCGCCCGGUGGAUACCAACAAGUACUGGAAGCUGUUCUGUUGGUCCCUGCUGCUGCUGCUGCUGCUGUUGUUUUAGUCAAGAAGUAAUUCUGGCCAAUACUAGUUAUUACUGUUGUGAUUCAGAGAGGAAUUAAACGUCCUGGUUCUGCCUCGAUCUGCCCGAAGAGAAGAGAAGAAACCCUGCUAUACAUUUGCUGUCAGCUCUGAGGCCAAGACCCGCGCAUCUUCAGCCUCAGCAUCACAGAUCCUGCUGGUCAGUUGCUGCAUGGUGCUUCAGCCUUUAGGUGACUCGGGCGCUGUGGCGCCCAAGGAAUGGAAGACUGAAAUAUCUUCGAGCAGGCAAUUUUCAUUGUGCCAUAACAUCCAGCUGGCACCCACAUGACUGACACGGCUGUUCUGGACUUUCUGUAUUUCGCUCAAGAUCAAUUUUCACAAUGCGAAAAAUGACUGACUGAUGUUGUUCUCCUCUACUAGUGCUUGUCAGAGAGUACUGUCGUGAUUCAGAAAGGAAUUAAACGCCAUGGUUAUGCUUCUGCCAGAGGAGAGCAGCCCCUGCUCCUGUUGUAUAUAUAUUCCCCGACAGCUCUGGGCCAUGACCCCGUAAGAUAGUGCGCAAAAUAGUACCACACGAGGGUUCACGGUCCUGGUCAGUUGCUCGAUGAUGCUCACUGGGAGCAGCCAUGCCAUGCAAAUUGGGAACAUAUUUACUUAUUCGUCUGCUUUUGUAAAGUAAUUUAUUUAUAAUAAAGGUUGUCGAUGGUUCAUUGUCAAACAAAUCUCGUCAGACAAAAUAAAUUUCGUCCAUCCUCAUCACCUGAUGUUGUUUUGUAACUGAGCCCUUCCAUUUUUCUUGCAACAACACUU